UGGUGAAGGGGGAGGGUGGCGGAAGUUGCGGAAGCUGAGCUUCCGCUUCCGCUUUGUGGAGAGUCCUCCCGGCGCUGCCCCUGCCCUGCCCCGCGCGCCGAGAAGGGCUCGGAGCCUCCGGGAGGGGCAUAGAGAAGGGGCAGGGUAGAGCGGUUCUCCCUUUGCCUAGGUUUCUCCGCAUUGCCGGGGAGCCCAGGGCGGAGGCCGCUUCCAAGACCGGGCCAGGCCGAGGCUCUCCAAGGGGCUAAGCCUGCAUCAUCCUCCCUCUUCUCUGUGCCUAGUAGCCGUCCGACCAGGAGCCCACCGUGACCUCCGACCCCAGGUAGCCUCUCCCCUGCAAAGCCUGCUUGCGGAGGGACUGGCUUCUGACGCUCCGCUUCAGCGGUAGAGUGACCUCUGACCUCCCUGCCUGUCUUGACCUUUGAACCCAGCGUCUCGUCAGCUGUAGCCCAGGCUGCCGCCCCCCCCCCAGCCGUGUUCUAAUCUCUGUUUCCCCCCAAGGCAGUGAGAUUCUUCCUUCCCUCCCCUCAACCUGGCCCUUUUUUUCCUUCUCUGAACAGCUCUCCCUCUAGAGGACACUCGGGAAAGGGGGGCUCCCCGACCCACCCCGCUUUCAACAUUCCCCCCCUUUUAAGAGGAGAUCACUGGCUAUGCCCCCUGGCUGGGGGAAGUGUGGAGGCUGAAACGCCCACUCUGGACCCAGGGGGACUCUGGUGGUGUUGCUCCUGAACUGCCUGCUGGACUGAAACCAUAGCCCAUUCAGGACCCAGACGAAAGGAGGAGGAGAAAAGUUGCUUGGGAAAUCUGUGCAAGAAGGAAUACCCAGAUCUUUUUGCCAGGUCCGACCCAGAAUGACUACCAUGCCCAGGCUGCCGUGGAGGAAGCAUGCAACACGCUAAAGACUGAGAGCAGCGGUCCCGUCCCUCAGGAAGGAAGCUGGGAUCCCCUCCGUUGGGAAACCGGGGGCUCUCUGCCUCCAGGGGCCCUUGAGUUCUGACUGGGGGAGCCCCCUUGUCCAGUUUCAGCCAGUUUCAUCUCAGAGCUGUUGGCAGGAGCCUUGUGGGGGUGGCGGGGAGAGGCUCCCCUCCCUGCCGUCCACUCAGACCACUGCCACCAUGUCAACCUCCUCGCUGCGCCGGCAGAUGAAGAACAUUGUGCACAACUACUCCGAGGCGGAGAUCAAGGUGCGAGAGGCCACAUCGAAUGACCCCUGGGGCCCUUCCAGCUCCCUCAUGUCCGAGAUCGCCGACCUCACCUACAACGUGGUGGCCUUCUCAGAAAUCAUGAGCAUGAUCUGGAAGCGGCUCAACGACCACGGCAAGAACUGGCGCCACGUCUACAAGGCCAUGACUCUGAUGGAAUACCUGAUCAAGACUGGCUCGGAGCGGGUGGCACAGCAAUGCAAGGAGAACAUCUAUGCCAUCCAGACGCUAAAAGAUUUCCAGUACGUUGACCGUGAUGGCAAGGACCAAGGAGUCAAUGUGCGGGAGAAGGCCAAGCAGCUGGUGGCCCUCCUCAAAGACGAUGAGCGCCUCAAAGAGGAGCGGACUCAUGCUCUGAAAACCAAGGAGAAGCUGGCCCAGACUGCAACCGCUUCUUCAGCGUCCUCGUCCUUGGCAAAUGCCCCCGUGGAAGCGGAGCAGGCCUGGCCCCAGAGCAGUGGGGAGGAGGAGCUGCAGCUACAGCUGGCGCUGGCCAUGAGCAAAGAGGAAGCGGAGCAGGUAAGCGCCAAGGGGGAAAAAGUGGUCUCUCAUCCAGGCACUGAUCAGCCCCCCGCAGUGGCCGAUGAAGACCUACAGCUCCAGCUAGCCCUUAGCUUGAGCAAAGAGGAACACGACAAGGAGGAGCGGAUCCGGCGUGGGGAUGAUCUGCGGCUCCAGAUGGCCAUCGAGGAGAGCAAAAAGGAAACUGUGCCUGCAAAGGAGGAGUCAUCCCUGAUGGAUCUUGCUGAAGUCUUCACCACCCCACCCACCGCCGAUCCGUGGGGUGGCCCUCCUGCUCCCACAGACCCCUGGGGUGGCCCAGCUCCAGUUGUAUCCGCAGCUCCCACUGACCCUUGGGGACCAGCUGCGACCGGAGCAGCAGCCCCUACGGGAGAUCCAUGGGGAAGCUCAGCGGCACCUCCUGCAGUCCCUUCAGACCCAUGGGGAGGCACUUCAGCUGCAAGCACUGACCCUUGGAAACCUGAAGGUGGGGGUUCUGCUGGGACCACAGCAGCACCGUCCACAGACCCUUGGUCCUCUGGUCCAGCUCCUCCAUCCCAAGGGAAACCCGCACCUGAUCCUUGGGCUCCAGCCUCAACUUACACAGAUCCCUGGGGGGGCUCCCCUUCGAAACCCAGCACCAACGGCACUGCAGCCGGCGGAGGCUUUGAGCAGUUUGGCAGCCCCGGGGACGGGGAUGAAUUCUCGGAUUUCGACAGCCUGCGCCCAGCAUUGCCCAAAUCCGGGAGCAGCACAGGUGAGCUCUCGCUCUUAGCUGGGGAAGUCCCCGUUUGUCGGGCUGGUGGUGGCACCGACAGCCCCAACGCUUUUGACAUGGCCGCCAUGAGCGGGUCACUGCCGGAGGCCUCCAAGCUGACACGCAAGACUCCAGAGUCGUUCCUGGGCCCCAACGCUGCCCUUGUGGACCUGGACUCGUUAGUCAGCAAACCCUCUGCCACCUCAAGCACCUCAAAGGCCUCCAAUCCUUUUCUACCCCCAGGGUCAGCCUCCGCCCCCACCCCGUCUGCCUCAGCCACAAACCCGUUUCAGGCCACAGCGACCACCCCACUUUCACUCAACCAGCUCCGUGUCAGCCCCGUUCUCCCCCUAUCCCAGCCCACACCCCCUGCCUUUCCUGCCACGGCUCCCAUGGUCUCUGUGUCGCCCCUGGCCCCUGGGAUGCCCCUCGCCUCGGUUUCCCCAAUGGUGGGGGUGCAGACCUUGGGGGCUGUUCCACCUAUGGGGAUCCCCGCCAUGGGGCUGCCCCCUCAGAGCCUGCCACCUGCUGGCAUCGUCCCCAGCAGCACCUCGGCCUCUGCCAUGGGAAGCACCAACCCCUUCUUGCUAUAAUCAGUGGGAUCUCUUUGCCCUCAUGGUGAUUACCCCACCCACCCACCCCCUGUAUUCCCAGUCUGCAGUGGGGCUCCUAAAAUUCCACCCACAACAGGAGGCAGCUUGGUAAGAAGGAGGGGAGAGACUGAGGGAGUCCUCAUUGCAAGUUCCUCUGCUCCCAUGUUUGGGGCAGGUUGGGCUUUCCCAACUGCAUUUGGGGGCAGGCGAGUCGGCAGGGAUCUCCUUCCCACCCACCCCUCCCCACCCCUUCUCUAGGUUGCUUUUCAGGGUGGUUGGGAAGAUCCAUUCCUGCUGGGGGGGGGCAGUGGCACCUCACAACAGCUCGAGUGGAGGGUGAGAGUGACAUAAGAGGGGAGAAGGCUAAGGAACCAGCAGAAUGUGGGGGGGGGGGCAUAGGGGUGGGAGUGGCCUUCUCCCCAGGUUUCCUUUGUCAUGCUAACCAGCCCAUUUCUGAAGGCAGAGGUAGAGGAGAACGCUCUGCUUCCUAAGUCUCUCUUCUGCCUCUGCGAAAGGGUCAGAAAGGGAAAUAGCCCCCCACCCCCACCCUGUAUUUUUAGGCCCUUGCAAGUAAAGUAUUUUGUGGAGGGUGGAAGGGAGCGUAUAGCCCCUUUUAAAAAUCAUGGUGUUUUUUCCCCUCUAGACCUCCCCUAACCUCCACACUUCCCCUUCCCACGCCCGCCCGCCCCUUGGCUGGGACCAGCCCUUCUCUGCCUUUUUUUUUUUUUUUUUUUGGAAGGGUGGUCAUAGGGUGGGGGUGGGAGGUGAAAUCCGUGAAGCCCCUCACUACAUAGGGGAUGGUUGAGGCAUGGGGAAUAUUUUGUCUCCUCCAUCUCUGGGGCCAAAAGAGAUACCACUAAUCUACGGUCAGAGACCAAAGCUUGGAUCUAGAAGGGGGAGCCUGGAGGGGGCAAAGCCACACCUUGGGAUCUGCCCUCUGCAAAUGCCCAGUCCUAAGAAAGCCCCCUUUUAAUCAGGAGCACGGAGCCCUGUCAGUGUAUCAUGUCUUGGGGGAGCCUUGAAACAACCACUGCCGCCUUGUGUGAAGGGGGAACCUAGAAGCCACCAAAAGGACCCAGGAUUUGAGAUUCUGGGCAACUGUCCAAAGGCUGCUUCUUGGGGCAAAACCAGUGCAGGAGAGGAGAUGGCGGGUCUUUUUGGAAGCCCAGACUUGGCCAGAUACUCCUGUGGAUUUUGGAACAGUGGGACAUAAAGCCACAACCCCUUUUGCCACUCUGUGGACUGCGACAGCCAGAAGGAGGAGCAGCGCGUGGCGUCUGAAAAAGGCAGCUGAGCCACACAGAGGGGAGGUGGCCGGAGCAGCAGCAGCUGCGCACUUUGUGUGGAAGGGAUGGGGCGCUCACAACCCAAGGACCCCUCUUGCUCGCCCUCUCCACACUCUCUUCAGUGUGUUCCUACGCAGCCGUGCUGUCAACAACCCAAGUGGGAGCCCUCCUUCUCCCCACUCGGCUGUGUGUUUUGCUCCAGCGGCCGGUCCCACUCGGGCCCAGCGGAAGGCGCUGCGGCUGACUUUCCAGUGGCGCUCUGCCUUCAUCUAACCAGCACAACGGACAGAAGCCGCAAGGACUCUUUGGACUGGUUGCAAAAGGAAGGCAAGGGGAGGUGGGCGGGCUGCUCCUGCCCCUCGUAUGGCAGCCGCUGGCGGGGAAGGGGGUGUGUGUGUGUCAGAGGCUGUGUGCGUGUGUGUGUGCGUGUGCGUGCGUGUGUAUGUAUGUGUUGCUGCUGUGAUCGUCAAUUCCUGUUUUACGCUACGGGGAGCAGGGGAUGCGCAGUCACUAGCACCCGGGACAAUCUGCUAAAUCCUUCAUUCCUGCCCCCACCCCAGCCUCUUGCAGUUGUGUUUCUACAGUAGGUGGACUGUCCUCCUCCCUGUCUCCCCCACCUCCCCGUUGCCCAGCCAAUCAUGCUGGGGGAUGAUAUUCCCCUAACACCAGUAUAUCUGAAGAAUCAUUGUGUCAGUGGUUGGGGUGGGGAGAGUGACCUUGGCUGUGUGUGACCCUCCCUUUCGGCUCUGUCUCCUCCCUCCCCCCCCCCCGCCUACUCUGGGUAUGCAUAAGAAAAAUGCUAUUAAUGAAAUAAAUGAAAUGAAAAGUCUUCUAUGGCACCCAAA